AUGCUCACGCUGAUCGCACAGCUGACGUCAUGCGAGUUGAAGGUUCGCAUUCUGCAGAAGUCUGCUAUCGUUAAGCAAGUUAAAAGAGAUAAAGGUAAGAAUUUGUAUCGCUUCAACAAUGAUAAAAAUCAUACGAACAAAAGUUCGAAUCAUUUCUACAAUAAUAAAAAUCGCUCGAACUAUAAUAAUGCCUGCCAGAAAGCUAAGGAAUUUGAGAAUGGUACAUUCGCGCCUUGUCAUAGCUGUGGUGCUACUAACCACAAACGAGUUGAUUGUCCUUUUAAAACAGCGGAAUGUCACAUUUGUAAUAAAGUAGGACAUAUCGCGAAAAUCUGUAGGUCAAAGACUAAAUCGGAGAUUAGUGUCAUCAAAUUACAAGGAAUACUUGGCACAGGACAUCAACAUCGUAAGUUUGCAAAUAUUUUUAUUAACAAUAAAUUGUUGAAGAUGCAACUGGAUACAGGAGCGGAUGUAACUACUAUCGGAACCAAGGUUUGGAAGUUGAUUGGCUGUCCAAAACUUCAACUUUAUGUUGCUUCUUGCGUAAACGCAUCUGGUCAUCCGAUACAUGUUGUGGGAUUUUUCUACGCUACUCUGAGCUACAAGGACAAGACUUCAAGAGGACCGAUUAUAGUUCUCAAUUGUCCAAAUAUUGCCCUAAUCAGCGCACAAGCUAUCGACGAACUUGAUUUGAUUGCUUUUGAUCGUGAUAUUUUGAAGAAUCGGAAACUCAUUAAUGUGAUCCAGGAGGAUUCACUCAAAGGUAAAUUUUCAAAACUUUUCGAUAAUUCGAUGGGGGAAUGUAAGAAGAUUAAAGUUCACCUCCGUCUUAAACCCGAUGCACGUCCUGUACAUGUUCCUCGUCGUCCUAUUCCUUUGGCUCUCGAGGAAUCACUUAAUGCUGAACUGGACAGACUCAUCGAGAACAAAAUAAUUUCUCCGGUAGAUUACUCGGAAUGGGCUACACCUGUUGUCGUUGCGCGGAAAGCCAAUGGUAAAAUUCGCGUAUGUGCAGACUACUCUACUGGUCUAAAUAAUGCUUUAGAUACAGACGAUUACCCAAUUCCGAAUAUUGAAGAAAUUUUAUUUAAGCUUCGGGGUAAUACGAUCUUUUCGCAGCUUGAUCUCUCCGAUGCUUAUUUACAUUUGAAACUCGAUGAUGAAAGCCGAAAAUAUACGACUAUUAAUACGCAUCGAGGUUUAUUUGCUUAUAAUCGUUUGGUUUUCGGUUUGAAAACAGCUCCAGCUAUCUUUCAGCGUACUCUGGAACAAGUGCUUUCAGGUAUAUCUGGAGUUGUAGUGUACCUGGAUGAUAUUCUUAUCUGCGGCCGUGGACAUUCCGAGCACGACGCUCGAUUACAUGCAGUUUUAACUCGGCUUGAAGAAUGGGGUUUCCGUCUACGUUUGGAAAAAUGCAAGUUCAAUUCUACUUCUGUAAGAUAUCUCGGAUUCCUCAUUUCGUCAGAUGGAAUUCAACCGGAUCCUUCACGAAUACAUCCAAUCCGUUCUAUGCGAAUUCCGAGAAAUGUCAAGGAACUACGUUCAUUCUUAGGCCUUAUUAAUUACUACGGAAAAUUUGUAGAAAAUCUUCAUCGUUUAAAGGCACCAUUCGAAGUUCUUUUGAAGAAAGAUGCUUCUUUUACGUGGAAUUCUAAACUGCAGAAAGCUUUUGACGACAUUAAACAAAUUCUUUCAGGACCUCUUUUGUUGGCUCAUUAUAAUCCUAAGUUAACUUUAAUUGUUGCUGCGGAUGCGAGUUCAACGGGAAUAGGAGGUGUUCUUUUACAACGCUCUCCAGAUGGACAUACGAAAGCUGUCUUUCACAUGUUAAAAACUUUAACGAAAGCUCAGCAGAAUUAUAGCCAGAUUGAAAAGGAAGCGCUAGCUUUGGUUACUGCUUUUCAUCAAUAG